AGAAGAAGAAGAAGAAGAAGAAGAAUGUUUUCAGUCCAUGCAUGAAACUCUAACGGCAGACAUCAGAAAACACACAAACAGCUUUAAAUGUUAAAACAGAAUGUCAGACUCUGAAGACUCCGAUCUAAAAGAAGGAGCAGAUUUUGUGAGACACCAGACAAAGAUUGUUUAUCACAACCAUCAUCCUUAUAUUCACAUGGAGCCUCCUGAUGUAACGUAUAAGAGGUGGACCAAGAUAAAGCCAGAAGUGAAGAAAGAAGUGGGUCACAUGAUGCGCAUCUCUAGAUUCUGGUGGUACAUCCUCCUAAAACCGCAGGAACGAGAGAACACUUCAUUCUGGGCUAUCAGCAUGGGCUUUCUGGACCCAAAUGUUUCGUCAGGUGAUUUGAGUUUGGAAACACUCAAGAAGAUAGAAGUGUUAGAAAGCAUUCUGGAGGCCAUGGACAUGGGUCUUUCUCACAGAGAGGCGGAGAAAAAAGCCCGAGCUCUGGUAGCAAUAAAUAUGUCCUUAAUCGUGAAUGUACACAGUUUGAAAGAUGCUGUUGAUUGGCUGGUGGACUCUGGUAUGCCAAACAUCCGUGAGAAACUGCAGGAACUGGACUCGUUGGAUAUUCGGUAUCACACGCUCCGCAUAAUCUUCAGUGAAUAUGUGCACUAUCUUCUGGUGAUGUCGUCCAGUAUAAAGCAAGCCAUGAAAGAUUUUAGUACAGAUCCGGACUUGUGGUCUUUAGGGAAAAGUGAGGAAAUGAAAAACAAAGGAAAUGAACAGUUUCAGAGAAAGAAAUAUGAUUCGGCUCUUAAAUGGUACACGAAAGCCAUAAAAUACCAUCCAAACAAUCACAUCUUGUAUGGGAACAGAGCUCUCUGUUUUAUACGUUCUGAGAAAUAUCUGAAAGCUGUCGGUGAUGGAAAGAGAGCCGUUAUAUUACAGCCGGACUGGGCAAAGGGUCAUUAUCGCUUCUGUGAUGCCCUCUUCUAUCUCGGGGAACAUCAGAAAGCUCUGGAAGCAAACAGACACGCACAGAACGCCUGUGGCAGAGACCCCGAGGGAUAUAAAGAUCUUGUGCAGCAGUUUGAGAGAUUCCAGACAGAACUUCAGGAAAAAAAAGCUGAGAUGAAGUCUAAGAAGAUGGAAACCAAAAAAGCGAGAGCGCAUGUGACCAGUGAUUCUUCAUCUCAGCCUCUGAAAUCCAGUCAUAUAUCUGAACCUGCAUCUGACUCAACAGUUCAGGAUAAUCUGCAACAAUCAGAAAAGCAGCAGCAGCAUCUGCCUGAAAGUUUAGAAAACUCAGAAGCUCCAGCUGAAGACAAAAGUGAAGCACACAAAGACUUAAACAGUGAAAUGACUCCACGGAAGAGUAAGAAAUCAUAUUUGAACACUCCAGAGAAGCCGGCGGUCCGGAGCAAACAUCCACCCACUCCAGAGAAGCCGGCGGUCCGGAGCAAACAUCCACCCGCUCCAGAGAAGCCGGCGGUCCGGAGCAAACAUCCACCCGCUCCAGAGCGAGCCGUCGUUCCAGAGCCGCAGGAGACGGUGAGUGAUGUUACUAUGAAAGAACGCUUCUGUGCUGCGGUUCAGGAGGGUCAGGAGGCUCUGAAUGACCAACGCUGUCAGAACGCACAGCACGCUUUCUCUCUGGCCGUCAGUAUGUUGGACUCCAGCGUCAUCAAGGAUCUGGGCUUAUCAGAGUUGGAUAUAUGUGUACUCCUAUAUGGAUAUGCAACGGCACUGCUGGAAAUCGGUCAACCUGAGGAACUGGCUAAAGCUCGGAGACUGUUCAUCGAGUUAGAGUCGUCAGAAAGAAAGUUUCAGUCAUUGGUGCAAUAUGGGAUGGGCAGAGUUUAUCUGAAGGAGAACAGGUUUGCUAAAGCUCUUGAGCACUUCUCCAAUGCACUGCUAAUAAUUCAGAGAAACAUCACACCUGGAAAACUUACCUGGCCAACAACUAAAGCAAUACUGGAGGAAACCCAACCGGCCUGUUUACAGGAACAUCUGGAGAACUUUAUAGAGAUGUGUAAAUUUCCACCCAAACCAGAUGCUGUCUGCCGUCAUUCACAUUGUUUGUCUCAUUCUAUUGAAAUCUACUUCAGUGAUCCAGACUUUAAGGGCUUUGUACAGUUGAUCUGCAGUCAGGGCUGCAAAGUUGAGUUUCAUAUGACCUGCUGGAAAAAACUCAAAACCCUUUCAUUCACAGAUAAGAACGACAAGGACUUUCUAAAGGAUUCAUGUUUUACACCAGACUGUGGAGGUCAAAUCUGUCACAUUGUAAUAUUUGGCUCAUCUGGGCUCAUAAAGUGUGAGUUUGAAACGUCUAUUCCUAAACUCAGACCAGCUGGGCGAUUGAGAAGCAGACAGCAAUGUACAAGUAUUAAGAAGAUGAAAUCUAAAAAUGAUAAAAAACUUAGAAGGAAACAACACAGACUGACAGCUUGUGCUGCUCCUCGAGAGAGAAAUGAAGUUAUUCCUGCAGAUGACCCGGCAAAGAGAGUGACACCCGAACGCUCCGUUAUUGUGGAUCGUGUUUUACAUCAAAUUCAUGAAAACAAAGAACUUUUUAAAGAAGAAUCUGUGAAUAUUUCUUGUGUUUUGGAUCAUCUACGGCCCUGGCUGGAUUUGUAUGAGUGUAAAGGUCAUGAGAGCGCUUUAAAGGUCUAUGGAGAAGAUAUACGGCUGUCAGAGCUGGUGGAUCUUCUGUUGGAGUCCAGUAACCGGGUUUGGGCGCGACUCUUUAUCGAGAAACUCUGCUCGUGGCUUCAUAUUAAACCCAAAUUACAGCAGUGGGCUCAGCAGCUGGAUAACGCAGGUCUGAAGGCAGCGGAGUCGCUCAUCAGUCGGUACGCUUCUCAUCUCCAGCAGCUGGACGUGAAGCCGCUGCUCACGUUUAAACCCCUUCAGGAUGCAUUUAUCAGGACAUUUGGCACCAGUGCAGAUUUAUUUGACAGCAGUGGAUUUACUUUAAUGGAAUAUCUCAAACGGGCUCCCGCUAAAGACACGCGUCUGUUUAUUUGGACACUAGAGGCGAGUCGUGAGCGUUACGAGUCCUGUCACUUUAUUCUUGAUCAGUAUUUUGAGGAUGAUGCUGUUUGUUUAGUCAUUAAAAAGACGGAUGAUGCUGAGAACACCAAUUCUGUAUUUAAGACUAAAAGCAGACAUCGGAAAAAAAAGCAGAAAGAUUCAAAGUCUGUUAUUCUUCUCUCUGGAAUGAGAGGUGGACACUCGAGAGAUGAAGAUGAUGAAGAUGAUCUGUUCUCUGAGGAAAACGCUUUUGUGUUCUUCAAUAGCGAAGAUCCGUUCAGCGUUCCCGAUCACCUCCGCGGUCAGCUGGCAGAAUUUGAGGAACAGUAUGCUGGAUCAGCGCACAGAAGCUAUUAUAAGACAAUUUUGGACAAUAAUCCAGAUCCCACUAAAGAGAGUUUAUACGAUUAUUUUGCUCAGAUUCUUGAAGAACACGGUCCUCUGCAAGCGUCAGAUCCUCUGAUGGUCGGCGAGUUGGAAAACUUUCCUCUGGAGGCGCAGCAGAAAAUCACCGCUGCCGGAGGACUGGAAGCGUUUCUGCUGGAGUCUCUGCGAUUUGUUAUGACCAACAACAAAAUGGGACUGAUGAAACACGUGGUGCCUCUCACAGAAUCAAUGUCACAUCUUAACCCCUCGGCUAAAGAGUUCUGGCCUCAUACAGACGUUUUGCCCAACGGCGUGUCUCUCUUUAACCUGUCUUCCUUUGAUAACGGUGCUUCGCCGUCUUUUCCGCUGUCCGUUACCUCUGACUCUGUUGUUCUUCCUGAUCCGUACGCUUUUGAGAAUCCCUUGGUAGAUGACAAAUUUUCGGCUGCGGACGUCACGUUAGACCCUGCGGCUCAGGCCGAAGCAUCGCAGCUGUACGAGACCGUUGGAGAAAACGUACCUGCGGAGUACAGCAGCUGUGUAUUUGAAAACUCUGUUUAUAUCUCUGAACGGUCCGCCGGAGAGAGAGGCGGAGGAAACGGGUCAACUCAAAAGAUUGCCGUGAGCGUGCAGGCUUCUGAUGAGAGUAAAGAUGUUUCCAUCAGCACUGAGCCCUUAGUUUCCUUUGAGAGGAACAAUGGUGACAUGAUACAGAAAGAAAAACAAACGCUCAGUCUGUCAAAGAAGCUUCUGCAGAUGAAGGAAGACGCUGAUGCUGUGCAGCAGAUGAGGAGCAAGCAGAUGACAUCACUGCAGGAGGAACUGGAGGAGAUCACACACAGGACACAGAUCGCCGGCGCAGAACUCGGCAUGUUUCAGCAGAAACUAGAAGAUGAAGUAAAGAAAGACCAGCAGGAGAAGAAGGAAAACCAAGAAACCCUGAAGAUGCUAAAGAUGAACAUCAAAGAACUGACAGAUCAGCGUGAAAGUUUUACAAGAGACAUCAGUGAGAAAACCAAAGAGUAUCAGACCAAACUGGAAGAUUUCCUGGACGUCAGUAACCAGUGUGCAGCCGAGCGGAUGAGUCUUGAAGAUGAAAUCAAGAGACACAGAGACACCUGUGUGAAGGACCAGAAAAGAUCACUGAUGGCUCAGCUGUCAGUCCUUCAGAACAGAAGAGAUCACGGCCUGCGAUGUCUGAGGGGACGAUUGGAUGAAGGGAAUAUGAUUGUGAAACACCUGACAGAGGCGUCGCACAGUUUCUUCUCUGCCAUGCUGCUGUCAGCCUUAGAUGACUGGAAGAAAUUCAUAAGUGACAUUGAAGAAAAAAUCCACAAUGCUGAGAUGGAGUUUGAGUCUCAGAUGAAUGAAGUAAAGAAAGGCACCAGACUGUGUUCACUGCCGCCCGUGUCUGUACCGAGUCCUCCCGCAGUACCGGCGACAGCUCCUGCGGCCUUUCAGCAGUCUGGGUCCCACAACACGCACCUCCACAGCCAUCACGGGUCACUGCAGCCCACCCGAACCCCCACACCCACCGGCCGCAACACGCCGCAGCCCGCAGAGAGACGUCCGGAGGAAUCCCAGCAACACGUCACUGUGUACGACAGGAUGCUGGAGCGUCUUAACGUCAUGUUUCCUCAUUAUAACAAGAUGGUGUUAAGUAAAUUCAUCCAGGAGGUGCGUUUGGCUAACGGAGGCACUCUCAACGCAUUGACCUAUGAUGAUGUCGUCAACAGAGUCGCACAGCUGAUCCUGGACCAUCAGGAGAACGUGCGGGAGAUGACGGUUAGAGACGAGAGGGACUCUGCUCAGGGUUCGACUUUAUCUGAUGACUUAGGCAGGUGGACUGGAGCGCCCCCGCUGACACACGUGUGGAAGAACAUGUCAGAAAAACAUCGCAACGCUGCGCUGGCUCUCAACAUGGAGGAUCCGUGUAUCAUCUGUCAUGAGGACAUGAGCGCUGAAGAUGUUUGUGUGCUGGAGUGUCGCCACAGUUUCCACAGACAGUGUAUAAAGUCAUGGCUGAAGGAACAGAGCACAUGUCCCACGUGUCGAGAACAUGCGCUGUUACCAGAAGAUUUUCCUGUGCUGCCCGGCAGACAUCGCAAGAGUCAAGCGUCUGCCGCCACAUUUAACUGAACCGAGCACGCUGUCCUUCUUUACGCUGAAACCUUUAUAGUGUGGGACCAAUGUAUGUUUCAUUUUAUUCAUCUUAAUUUCCAAAAAAAAAAAACAUUUUCACUUCACAAACAUUCUGCAUGCUGUGAUCUUUAUAAACCCCACAGUGCUUAAUCUGUUGUUGAGAUUAUUUGUAGCUGUCGUAAAACCUUGUGGACCAUUUAGUGAUUUUGUUAGAAUUAUUUUCUAAUGUAAUAAAGUUUCUUUAACACUUUUAGGACAAACAUUUUACUCUU